AUGAUUGAAGUACACUCAGGAGUUUGUGGACCUCAUAUGAAUGGAUAUAUUCUAGCCAAGAAGAUACUUCGAGCAGGAUAUUAUUGGCUCACCAUGGAGCGGGAUUCCAUACGAUUUGUUCGUAAAUGUUAUGAAUGUCAAAUACAUGGUGAUUUGAUACAUUCUCCCCCUUCUAAGUUGAAUGCAAUGGCUGCUCCAUGGCCUUUCGUGGCAUGGGGAAUGGAUGUGAUUGGACCGAUAGAACUAAAAGCAUCUAGUGGUCACAGUAACUUUCAGUCAGUGACCAAGAAGGUCGUGGUGGAUUUCAUCCAUUUCAACAUCAUCUGUCGGUUUGGUAUUCCAAAGGUGAUUAUAACUGAUAACGCUGCAAAUCUCAACAGCCACUUAAUUCAAGAGGUAUGCUACCAAUUUAAGCUUGAGCAUCAAAAUUCGUCUCCGUAUCGCCCAAAGGCAAACGGGGCUGUAGAGGCUGCUAACAAAAAUAUAAAAAAGAUACUUCGUAAGAUGGUGCAAAGUUCUCGACAAUGGCAUGAAAAGUUGCCUUUUGCUUUGUUGGGUUAUCGCACUACAGUCCGUACGUCAGUGGGAGCUACCCCUUAUUCACUGGUAUACGGGACUGAGGCAGUUAUGCCUGCAGAGAUUGAGAUCCCGUCUUUACGAAAUAUUGUGGAGGCUGAAAUUGAUGAUGAUGAGUGGAUCAAAACUCGGUUAGAGCAAUUAGGUUUGAUUUAUGAAAAGCGUCUGACAUCAGUAUGUCAUGGACAAUUAUAUCAGAAAAGAAUCGAACGAGCAUACAACAAAAGGGUGCGUCCCAGACAUUUCGAAGAGGGUUAA